AGAGCCGAGCCGUGGAUGAGACCAGAGGCCGCCUGGACCGGAAGUGGAGGAGCAGCCGGAAGUAGCUGGGAUCCGUGACAGACAGACUGGCAGACAGACUGACAGGAGCGAGAGCUGCGGAAAGGAGUUGGUGGCCAUGGAGUUGGGCGAGCUGCUCUACAACAAGUCCGAGUACAUCGAGACGGCGUCUGGGAACAAGGUUAGUCGCCAGUCAGUGCUGUGUGGAAGUCAGAACAUCGUUCUCAAUGGCAAGACCAUUGUGAUGAAUGACUGUAUUAUCCGAGGAGAUCUGGCAAAUGUAAGAGUUGGACGUCAUUGUGUUGUGAAAAGUCGGAGUGUCAUAAGGCCACCAUUCAAGAAAUUCAGCAAAGGUGUCGCAUUCUUUCCUUUACAUAUUGGGGACCAUGUCUUUAUCGAGGAAGAUUGUGUGGUCAACGCCGCUCAGAUUGGCUCUUACGUUCACGUUGGCAAGAACUGUGUGAUUGGGCGCCGGUGUGUGUUGAAGGACUGCUGCAAAAUUCUCGACAACACAGUAUUACCCCCAGAAACUGUGGUCCCACCGUUCACCGUCUUCUCAGGCUGCCCAGGACUCUUCUCAGGGGAGCUCCCAGAAUGUACCCAGGAGCUGAUGAUUGACGUCACCAAGAGCUACUACCAGAAGUUUUUGCCCUUGACCCAGGUCUAAUGUCGCUGCUUCGUGUCUUGAAUUCGCUUGAGCUCUGAGAUGAACUUGGGGACAAAGUGAACCUGUCAGCAUCUACACAGAGCUCUUGUGUCUUUGACACCUCCCACCCUUCCUUUUUUGUUGUUGUUGGGUUUUUUUGUUUAAUUCUUUAGAAUUUCUCAAUCCUUCCAGGCUCUAAGCUGUUAAGACUUUAAUAACAGGACGUCUGGAGGAGUCGUCUCCAAAUGCUGUGCUUAAACCUUAUCUAUUAACAGUCACUUCAUACCAUUAUCUGUGGAACACAGAAUCGUCUGUUCCCAACACUCCCACCCCUGGGUCCUGUGGAUGGCUGGAUCCUGCCUGAAGCAGGCCUGCAGAGCAGAGCACUCUGUCCCAGCGUGGAGUUUACGAAGCUGGUGUGCUGCUCAUGGCUGUAAGCUCCCCACCGUGAACACUACUCACAUGGAUCACUCUCAGCUUUCCUCCUGCUAACACGCUUGGCCAGUUGCUCAUAAUCUUGGAGAAAAAGUGUUCAUGACUUUUCAGAGCCCAGAUUCCUGUUGGCUACUAAAACUUGAAGGGAGGCGUGGUUAGUAUUUCUCUUCUUCCCAAAAUGACCUCAACUGUCAUUUUAACCCAGGGUGACUAAUAAAAGACUUUCUAGCA